AUGACCACUUCAGCUCAGAAUAUUUUGACAUGGAUUGUUCCGCCCUGGACUACCUCGCUGAUGCCAACAGAGACCACAUUGAGUAGUAUUGCAUUAUCGAAUGCUUUAGCUUUGAAAGCAACAAUAUCUUCCGUUAUUUCUCAAGCAGCAACCGAGACAAUAUCUGGCAACCUCCAUGGCUUAUCCAAAGCAUAUCGUGGUGCUGCAGCAUCAUUGACCAUUAUUUCUGCUGAGCAGGUUUUGGCCACAGCAACUGCCCCAGCAAUUCAAGCUCAAGCCACCGAGGCUAUAUUCAAUGCUACCAUCAACUUAAAAGACUUGAGUGCAAAUGAUAGUUAUUACCACUACAAUCCAAACUUGGGAGGUAACAUACUAUUUUUCAUUGUAUACGCAAUGAUUUUGCUUUACACGACGGCAAUGGUGUUUAAGUCUAGGUAUUGGUGGUACAAUGUAACGUUCUUUUGCGGAUACUCUUUGGAAGUCAUUGGUUUUUUGGGAAGGGUAUUGGCACAUGACAAUAACAAUGUGUUCAACUAUUUUAUUAUGGAGACCGUUUGUUUAACCAUCGCACCUGCAUUCAUCAUGGCCGGUAUUUAUUUCCUUUUUGGCCAGCUUGUUGUUAUACAUGGGAGACAGUAUUCGUUUUUAAAACCCAUGUGGUACUCGUACUUUUUCAUUGCAACAGAUGUUAUUUCUUUGCUUGUUCAGGCUUCAGGUGGUGCUAUUGCUUCCGUUGCAAGUAAUAAUGGCGAUAGUGCACAAACAGGUACAAAUAUCACGAUUGCUGGAAUUGCGUUGCAAGUCUUUGCAAUGUCUCUUUUUAUCGUUUGUUGGUUUGAAUUUUUGAGCAGGAUUUAUUUUAAACAUACCAGGACCCACGGCAACGAGUUUCAUCAAGAUCACCACAUAUUGGCGAAAAGAACUUUUCUCGGUUACAUAAAGUUAAUGUUCAACACCAAAUCAGUUCGACAAUAUAGACACGAGCACUUGGAACAAUUUUACAACAAGAAAUUUGCAUCCAUUAGGCAAAACAAAUUGUUUGACUGGAUGCCAUUGGCAAUGACCAUUGCAGUAAUUGCAGUAUAUAUACGUUGCAUUUACAGAGUGGUGGAGUUGGCUAUGGGCUAUGAUGGUUACUUAUAUAAGCAUGAGCCAUAUAUCUUGGUACUUGAUGCUACAAUGAUUGCAAUCUGUGGUUUUGUAUUUGUGCCUUUCCAUCCAUUUUGGGUGUUUGGUGAAAAGAAUAUAGUUAAAUUGGCAACGAUAAAGAAAAACUUGGAUGAAUUUGAAGAAGAAGAAGAAGAAGAAGAAGAAGAAGAGUUUGAGGGAAAUGCUAAAGUUGAUGUCGACGACAAGACCGUAAGUGAGGAAACAGUGAUGGGACUGGUCAAAGACUCGGUUGAAAAUAGAAACACACAUUUUCAAGAGCGCAUUUAG